AUCGCAAGAUACGUGGUGUUACCUGUAGAAGUCAGAACAAGUAGAAACGCAUUGAACUUGAAGGCUGCGGCGAGGCAGUCGAUUACGACCAGAGCCUGAGCUUUUCCUCCGGAGACUCCCCUAGCCAUUUUCAAUGUUGCCCUUUCUUAUUUUCAAGAAAAUGCAAACGCCUCCCUAUCUUUCUUCCGCCUUUUUUGUCGUUUUUUGGCCACCAUGGUUUGAGGGGAAACUGCUCGUCUGAAGGGUGCGGAGGUUCCCCUCCGUCCUGCCUCCGCGGGAGUCUCCCACCGGCUCCCUGCUGGGAUUUAAUCGGCAGAGCUCCCUUUCGCCUGCUGCUCUGCCCCCCCCCGCACAGUUUUAUAUUAUAUGGCUCACUCCAUGCCCUCCUAGAUCAUGCACAGGAACUUCCGAAAGUGGAUUUUCUACGUGUUUCUCUGCUUUGGAGUCAUCUAUGUCAAACUAGGAGCUUUGUCAUCUGUGGUGGCUUUAGGAGCAAACAUAAUCUGCAACAAAAUUCCAGGCUUGGCACCUCGGCAACGAGCAAUCUGCCAGAGCCGUCCCGAUGCCAUCAUAGUGAUUGGAGAAGGGGCCCAGAUGGGAAUCAAUGAAUGCCAGUACCAGUUCCGAUAUGGCAGGUGGAACUGCUCAGCACUGGGAGAGAAAACAGUCUUCGGUCAAGAGCUUCGAGUAGGAAGCAGGGAAGCUGCUUUCACCUAUGCCAUCACUGCUGCUGGAGUUGCACAUGCCGUUACUGCUGCCUGCAGCCAGGGAAACCUAAGCAACUGUGGCUGCGACAGAGAGAAACAAGGUUAUUACAACCAAGUGGAAGGGUGGAAAUGGGGAGGCUGCUCCGCUGAUGUCAGAUACGGCAUUGAAUUCUCCAGGAGGUUUGUUGAUGCCAGAGAAAUCAGAAAGAGUGCUCGGAGGCUGAUGAACUUGCACAACAAUGAGGCUGGAAGAAAGGUGCUUGAAGACAGAAUGAAACUGGAAUGCAAAUGCCAUGGGGUUUCUGGUUCCUGUACGACCAAGACUUGUUGGACUACGCUCCCUAAAUUCAGAGAGAUUGGAUAUAUUUUGAAAGAAAAGUACAAUGCUGCUGUGCAGGUGGAAGUGGUACGAGCCAGCAGGCUUAGGCAACCCACUUUUCUGAAGAUUAAGCAGAUCAGAAGUUACCAGAAACCGAUGGAAACAGAUCUGGUAUAUAUAGAUAAGUCACCCAACUACUGCGAAGAAGAUGCUUCUACUGGGAGCGUGGGGACGCAGGGACGGCUCUGCAACCGGACCUCACCCAGUGCCGAUGGGUGUGACAUGAUGUGCUGUGGAAGGGGUUACAACACCCACCAGUACACCAAAGUUUGGCAGUGUAACUGCAAGUUCCACUGGUGCUGCUUUGUGAAAUGCAACACAUGUAGCGAGCGGACAGAAGUGUUCACCUGUAAAUAACAGCAGAUGUUCCUACUUUAAAAAGGACCACCACCACCUCUUAGAGUGGAACUAAACAACUACAGCAUCAUUUGCACAUUUAAUUUUCUUGUGGGAGGGAACUAGUCUCUUCCCUGUUACUUAAUAACACAUACUUUUAAGAACGAUGCAUAACUUACUGACUAGCUGCUUUAUACAUUGGAGCCAGGGUCAAUGGGAUGAAUUAUAUGACGACUUCAUUCAACACAAGCAACUUUCUCUUUGGGUUGCCCCUUAACUGCAGUCUUGGUGUUGUAGAGUUUCACUCUUAGAUUAAAUUAUACAUAUCAGAGACACUGACUCCAGGAGGUUCUUUUCAGAUUCAUAAUGCAUACAAAUAUGUGCAAAUAAGACAUUUUUCCUAUUAAACAAGAGAGGAAUUUAACUGUUCACAGAGAAACUAAAAUCCCAGCAGUGUUGCUAAAAAAACCUUUUUUUCUUAUUAAAAGCAAAAGCAGGUACAAAGGGCAGCUGAUGAGAUAAAGAUGUAAAAUGUGGGGCAAGGCGGAACCUCAGUUGUUGAUUCGUUUGUAAAAUAAAGGUCAGAACAAAGGACAAAAGUCUGACAGCUGCCAGUGACACUGGAACCAUUUGAAUGGACAUUUGAGAGAGAGAAAUAUUUUAUUUAUGUUUUUAAUAGCAUCAAAACAAAUUCUCUAAGCACUAACGGGUAGCUAUGUCUUUGUUCUGUACUAAAUGUAAACUUACUGGAACUCUAACUUUAUCGUUUUUAUAUUUGUUUUUAUUUUGUAUUUGGUUCUCCCUAUGUUUUCAAUGCUACUGAUUUCAUGGCACUCCACUGUUUGAAAGAGUUGUGACUGUACAUAUCAAGCAUGGCCUCAGGCAGAGCACGAACAACUUGAACAUGGCGAACUGUGCUUAAUAACGCCAGCAAUAUGGUUUCCUCUUUGCCUAGCCAUAGAUAACCCAUUCAGAACACAAGCAGCAGUUUCAUCUCUGUACAAGCCAAGGCAGCUAAGCUUUUAUAUGUUUAUUGUUUGCCUUUUAUUGGAUACAGCCAGGCAUGACUGGGGAUGCACUUUUUCGUGGGUUCAUGCCAUGCUGUAACUGUAAAGGCCCAUCACCAUGUGGACAAGGAUAACUGCACAGCACUUGACACAAAACCAUCAUUCCCAAGCUUAGCUGGUUAAUGGUUUUGUGUUAAGAACCCAUACAAUACAUAAAAAUUACUGCCGACCAGGAUCAGGGAUUAUACGUUUGUAUUAAGGGGCCACUCUUUUAGCCCUGCUCACAUAGUGGAAAAUCUUUUAAGUAUUACAGACACACAAUGGGAUGACCCCAUGGGAGAAGCAUCCAUAGCAAGGCUGAAGUUCCUGUUUUUAUGGUGAAGGGAUGUUCCCUGCCUACACAUUCAUAAUGUAACUUGUGCAAAACAGGCACGCCAUAUGGAUACUCGUACACACAGAGGGCCAAAUCACACAGCCCCUGUUCAGGUAUUCUAAUUCCUCCUGUGAUGAGGGGGAAUGGGGAUGAGUGCUAUAGCUCCACUCCAAUCAUCUUCCCUAUUGUUGACUUGGAGGGUUACUUUUCUCCUCGUGUAGGCUGCCCUCGUGAUUUGGAACCCUGAUAGUUCAGGGCUCUAAAUCACACAUGGAGCCGAACAUGGACAGACCAGACUCCCUGCUGCAGAUGUUUGUCUCCAACUCAUGGAGGACACAGUGAUGGGAAGGGAGAGUUAGCAUCUCUCUCAUCUCAUGAGAAAUAAGGACACCCAAAUAAAGCUAUUAUUGCCCCUCCCUCAUUUUUCUUGCUUUCUUUUUCUUUUCAGGGGGCAUGACUCACACAACUCCAGCCUCUGCUGGUAUAGGCAUCCCCAUGGAACACCCACAGCACAUGCACGCACUCCACUACCACGGGAACAGGAUCUUCAUCAUAAGUAUCUGAACAUAGGGUGCAUGUACAAAUUAUCUCCACUGAAUUGAACAGAUGUUGUUUGAGGUGAUGAUAUGCAAGGUUCUACCUGUGUUGUUUGGUCUUUUUACACACCACUUGUGACUUUCGCACCACCACUGACCAGUGUGCUUAAUGCAGCUCAGUGUGACCAUGGGCCAUUAUGUAAUGUCAUCCCAAAUGAAGUACUCUAUAAUGACAAUGAAGGUGGAUUGGCUGCAGGGAAACUUAUUGCAUAGUGGCCCUGACUCACACAGCAAGUUAUACGAAAUGA